AUGAAUACAACAAGUGGUGAUUUAGCCAACCCCAUGACAUGGCAAGACAUCGGAGAUGAUUUUCCCAACUGCACUGAUGUAGAAGUCAGUCUGAAGACUUUUUACCUCCCUGUUAUGUACAGCCUCAUCUUUCUGGUGGGCUUCCCAGGAAACAUCAUUGCAAUCUGUGUUUACAGCUUCAAGAUGAGGCCUUGGAAGAGCAGCACCAUCAUCAUGCUGAACCUGGCGCUCACAGACCUGCUCUACCUCAUCAGCCUUCCCUUCCUGAUACAUUACUAUGCUAGUGGGGAGCACUGGAUCUUCGGGGGAUUCUUGUGCAAGUUCAUUCGUUUUGGCUUCCACUUCAACUUGUAUAGCAGCAUCCUCUUCCUCACUUGCUUCAGUGCCUUCCGCUACAUGGUGAUUGUCCACCCUAUGAAGUUUUUCCACAUCCAAAGGAAGCGGUGGACAGCAGUGGCUUGUGCAGCCAUUUGGGUGAUCUCCUUGGCAGCUGUCAGUCCCGUCAACUUCUUGAUCUCCUCAAAAGAGGAGCAAAACAGAUCCUUAUGCCUUGACUUCGCCAGCUCUGAAAACCUGGGUGCAAUCAGGUGGUAUAACUGGCUGCUCACAGGCCUGGCCUUCUUCUUGCCCAUGGUGACAGUAACUCUGUGCUAUGCACUCAUUAUUCAUGCCUUGGCCACUGGGCCCCAGGCUCAGGCUAGCCACAAACAGAAGGCUCGCAGACUUACCAUCAUCCUCUUGGCGGUCUUCUAUGUGUGCUUCCUCCCCUUCCAUCUUUUUCGGGUAGCUCGGGUUGAACUGCAGUUUUGUCCUGUCAGCUGUCAUGUUGAGAAGCAGAUUCACACCAUCUAUAUCAUUUCUCGGCCUCUGGCUGCACUCAACACCUGUGGUAACCUUCUGCUGUACGUCGUGAUGGGAGAUAACUUCCAGCAGGCCAUCCUCUCACUCUCAUGGUGCAAGUGGAGCAAAUGCAUCCAGACACCUGGGAGCAGUAAUUAUGUGAACAAGUCAGAAAUCACCUUAAGCAUAUAGAAGAGUCCCCUUGAAGAAAAUUUCAGCAAACCUGGGAUUGCUUUCUUGCCACAUAGGCAAGUCUGGUUAUUGUGUUUGCAAAUGACAUGAAAUUGAGAGGACAAAAUUACAAUGAUAAAUUGCAACCAUGUUCUGAAAAACCACAGGGUGCUAUUAGGCAGUGACAGGUGCAAAGUACUGAGUUUAAGUAGAAAUAAUGAACUGUACGAACACAAAAGGAAAAAUAAAAGCCAGAGAAGAGGCGAUGAGUUGAGCUCUGUAAGAAUAUUCCCAAGGGAAUGACGAAAGGGAAAAGGAACUGGACAUGAAAACAAGUGGUCCAAAAGUACCUCAGUGGGGGACAUCAGUGAGGGCUUUCUGUUGUGGAGGUAACAAUGCACUGGAAAGGACAAGAGGAGCCCAUGCCACUGUGUGUCUCCAGGAGCAGAUAUCAAGUCAUUUGACAAGAGAGACACAAGGCCACCUGAUCUCUGGAGAUCCAUUUUGGACAAUCAGCUCUAUUAUUAGGUGUGCACUGCUGGUAAGAUCAGUGCCAGUGAAAGAAGUAGUGCCCAGGGACAUCCCUGGGGCUGGAGGCUGUCCCACCACCCUGCCACAGCGCUGUGGCACCUGGGGCAUGUGGAGGGACAGCAGCAGACACUUGCUUCUUGACAAUGGCUGGUACCCACUACGGAUUAGCACCACUCCAAAGAUACUUGGGAAAUACAAGAUUCCCUUGUUUUGGGCUUUAUGGUUGAUUACAGAACAGAUGGUGCUACGCAAGCGCUGUGUGUAUGACAUUACAAUGUUUUUACAUGCCUUGUCUUGCCACUAGAUGGUGAUCAUUCAUGCUCAAGCUGCCUGGUUUCACAUAUGCACGUUUGAUUCAUGUCCAGAACAAAUAUGCAAGAUGAUUCACGUGAGAGAAGUCUUUUCUGAUAUCAUAAAUUCAUUACAUCUUAACUUUCUAACAUGAAAAAAAAAGCACAAACGCACAGUACAUACACUCUUCUGUGGAAGCACAAAAUGUGUCUCCUACUGCUUAUACAUACAGACCUGGAUCCUCUCAGUGGGUUGAAAAUACCUUUUUUCCUCUCUCAGAGCAAGGACCAUCAUUACAUUUUUAAUCCUUGUUCUCAGAAGCUCUUCUUUCUCAAGCCCAAGCUGAGCUUAUCGCACAUGAACAGAAGUACAGCCACAUGUACAACAUAAAACGAAGGGACUAAAGGUAAAAAAGUGUGUAAUGGAAGUGUUCAAGGCUUUCCAUCUCUGAGAAAGAGCAGAAAGAGUGACAGUCUCACAGUUUCAGUGACUUGGAAAGGGGCUGCCGUUCCACCUCUUCCUCUUUAUUUUCCCUUAACUUAGCCAUAGUUUAGUUGCCUUCUUUCUGUCUCACCUACUUGCCUACUGUUUCUCUUCACUCAGUUUGGGCUGAACUACCUGCUUCCAAAGUGCUGAAUCACAGAAUCUCCUGCAUCAGGAGGGACCCACAAUGACUGUGGUGUCCAGUUCUGACUCCACAUUCAAACCUUAAAUCUGAGAUCAAUGUCCAAAUGCUCCAUGAACUUCAGCAUCUCAGUGCCACGACCACUACCCUGGGCAGCCUGCUCCAUGCUAACUACUCUCUGGUUAAGAGUUUUCCUGAUAUCCAACCUGAAUCUAUCCUGUAUUUAGGAAGCACUCCCAGGAGCCAUGAUUCACCAGUGGGAUGGCAGUCUUCACCAGAAAGGUAGUCAUUUUUUUUCUGUUAAGUGUGGCUAAAUCUGAAGGGUGAAAGCUCAGCCCUAGUGCAGGCAGUUUUAAAGAAUUUAGGGUCUGCUCAGGUGCCCUGUGGGACCAGGAGAUCAUUAUCUCAUGUGACUUAUUCCUUCUGCUUGCUGUGAAGGGCGAGAUUUGAUAGCUUCUAUUUUCAGCAGCUGUAAGCUUACUGCUUAAACAAGGACCAGUGUUUCAGUUGCAGUAAACAGUACACACUAUCCGAGCUCUGCAUACAGUGUGACAAAAAAGCUAUGUGAGCUACUAUGAUACUGAAGGCUGAUUCACAAAGUAGUUAUGCUCCACUAACCAGGUUUCUGUUAGAAGUUUGUCUGCAAAGACAGUCGUGUCAACUUCAGUGCAUGGCAACCAUCUGCUCUCUGCCUGGGACUGCGUAGUGUCCAAAAAGGAAACUUUGCAAGGUAAACAGGGUUCGGACCUCUUAGAGAGAUGUCAGUUCUGAUGAUAGUAAUGAAGAGACUGUGGAAUUGCCUACUGCUUUCAUAGCCAUGUUGAACUUUACUCUUCACAGUGACUUACGUAGUGUCAGAGACUGCAGCAGAGUUAUUUUUUACCAUUACUUGUCAGGAAGGGCAAUCAGCAGUUUUUACCUUUUCUGCCAGCAUUGUGUGUUCCCAUUAGAAAUGAAAACAAAACUCAACUCAGACCUCCCAGAAAAAAUACUGUUCCAGUACUGACCCCCAAAGGAAAUCACUGAUCAUGUUCUGCACAACAAAAUCAACAAGAAAAUAUCUUGCAAAAUCUGUCCUUGUCCUAAUCUAAAUGUCUUUCAAACAAUUCCAGUGCUCAGUUUGACUGAAUGCCUAGAAAUAGUUAAACUGCGUGUAUAAUGAAAAUGAAUACCUUGCUUAACAUCUAGUAGAGUGAAAGCUUGGCAGUGGUUGACUAUUGAAAGUUCUGUGUUGGAUCCUGAUCUGAGACAAAGCCACAGUUUCAUUCAGGUGUAACUGUGUGUGCAGUUGGGCUGCUGUGACAUUAGCCGUGCAGUUUAACUCCUCAGCAGAGAUCCACCAUGUGAAGGAAGGGCAGUACUGGCCUCACCAUGGAGUCAUUUAGACAUUGGACAGAUGUUAUCAUUUUGCUGGGAGGAUAAACUUGGGAUGGUUGCUGCUCCCCUCUGUCACUCUUCUGUCAUCUGCAAAUGCAGGCUGAGUGAUCCUAAACUCUAAAACAACAAAUGAGCAAUGAAUACAUUGCUAUUCAACUGCUUCAAGCCCUGAAAUGUAUUCACCUUUCCCUGCCAGAACAAAAGGAGAAGAGAUUAAAAAAAAAGCUUAUUCUGUUCCUUUACAGUUCCCAUAUGUUUUGUGAAAGUAGAGGCAUUAGUGGUGUCAGAUGAUGCCACUUUAACAUAAAAGCCAUAAAUUAUGUCUGGGGGGAAAGAAGCAUGCCCUGAAGAAGGUAUAUUUCAAGGCUUGUUUUCAGGCUCCUAACUGAUGUGUCUUGCAGCCUUGGUGCCUGGGAUGCCUGAGUGCUGCAGUGGAGCACAGAGACAGUGAGAUGAUUCUAACACAGGAGAGAAAAUACAUUCCUCCUUUGAGUCAGAGCUGUACUUUGGGACCCAGAGGGAGAAGGGGCAAAGUCAGUAAACAGUGAGCUGAGUCUCUUUCCAAAACAAAAUUUAAAACUCAAACAUCGACUGCUCAAAACCACACAGAGGGAACAUGGUUUUUCUGGGUUGCUGCAGGAAAGUACAAUGCAGAGUGUGUUUGAUUCAUCACCUCUAGAAUCCUGAAAGGCAUUUGAUCUAAAGGGUAUUUUAUCUCCUAAGAUCUCUUCUCUAUUCCUUUGCUCUCCUCAGUGGAUGAUAUCACUGAUACCUAAACCAAGAGAGAGGUGGUUGCCUGGAAGCUACAGUCACAGUGACACUGUGCUCUUGUAAGGAAAACAGAGCUCUGGGGUGUUUUUCUAUACUUCUGCUUUUUCUGUGAUCAAAUUCUGUCAUGGAUUUACUUUAAGUUUGUGGAAUAGCAGUGGAAUAUAAGGUGAAGAAGAACAAAAUGCAGUGCUGGGAGCACACAGCCAAUGCUGUACUGAAUCCUAAUGAAACAAGGUAGAAAGUACCAGCUCCCAGAGACACAUUUUUCUUCAUAUCUUUUCAUUAAGCAUAGUUGUGUUUCCAGCACGCUCCUUUGUCAGCGAGGAGCAUUAAGAAUGGAUUUACUUCAGCCCUGAAUAAUCCCAGAGGGGCUAUUUUCAACUGAAUGAACCAGGAUUGUCCGAUUGUUUAUGAGCUCAGAAGUAAAGAAGAAGACCUGGCAGAAAAAAGAGAUGCAAACAUACUGUGCGGCAACUUAAAGCAAUAUGUCCCUUUGAAAGUUGCUAUUUCCUCUCGCUUCAUAAGGCUUCUUAGCAACAGGAAGUUAUCUGAGCAGACAAGGCAGCAGCCCCUGCCUACAGGAGUGUUCUCACCUUUACCUCUCUGUGGGUAAAUUGCACAGUGAUUCUUGCACAUCAUUCCUGUUUAACAGGUGAUGGAACUGAGGCACAGUGCAGAUAAGUGACUUGCCUCUGUCACAAAACAAAUGAGCAGCAGGAAAAGAUCACUUCCCAGCCCCGGGCUUUUCAGAGUGCAAUAAAGGCUUAAGGCAAGGCUUUCAAAUUGCUCUGUAGCGGUAGGUCAGCAAUGAAGUCCAAGUUAGAGCAGAGCUCAGCCCAAGUGCGCUCCCAGCACUGCACUCUGCACCUACAUGGCUGACAAACGUCGAUGGAAAUCCUCUGUACCAGAACAAAAUCCUAGAAGACAUUUCCCCCGUAAAAUGCAGACUUGAAGGAACAGGAAUGGGGGCUCGUAUUGUGCUGGAAGCACCACGAAGAGCAGUUGAUGUAGCAGUUCUUGGCUCUGCAGGAGCUGCGAGUAAUUGCUGUUCCCUGCAAGUGCUAUAAUUCUAAUUCCCAGUAGAGGGCAGACAAAGCACUUCCAGAAAAGGGAUCUCCUUGGUAAAAGCUUAAGUGUGUGGGAUAACUGUAAUUUGGAACAGGUCUGCGCUGGAUAAGCAGCAGAGCACAGGCAGAGGAAUAAAAUGAUGUUUGUAUCAUCCACAAGAGCAAGGUGGGAGCGCUGGUUCGACUUCUUCCAGAGAAGCAUAAGCUGGUUCAUACUUUUAAACUGGGUAUAGCUAGAGUGGCUAUGUGGUAAAUAAUAUAAAUUAGCGUAAACCAAGUACCUCUCAUCUUGUGCCUAUGGAUGUUGUCUCACAAGCAGUGAUAGGGCCAUGUAAGUACAGCAGUGAGAAAGGUAAAACAGAAAGUUAGCUUAUCCUCUUUGGGCAACAACUUCAGCCCCUCCUGACUGCCACAACCAAUAGUGGGUCUUUCUCUACCUCCUGGUGUUGACCACUCUGUAGCUGCAGGCAAUAACAGCUUGUGCUUCCUUCUCACCCAUUUUUGCACAUAUGAAAUGCAGGCAGGUUUCUUUGUACCUUGUUAAACGAGGGAGAAGUGUGGCUGUAUGCAUCAGCGCAUCUUUUCCUUCUUUCUCCCCACGAGAAGAGCAGACACCUCUCCAGGUGAGCCUGCCUGAGGUGAGGGUGCUGGGAACAGAUCUCUCUCAUCAGCUGUUCUUCUUCUCUGAAGCAGGAUUCCACACUGAUUCACUAUAACCCAGACUUAAAUCUACUAAAAGUAGAUUUAACAAGAGUUUAUUUUCUGCUUCCUUCCUGGUGCAGAACCAGGACCAGAGCUCUGGGGGAAAGGCAGCAGGAAAAUGUCUCCUGCCCAGAAGGCCCUAAGGCUGGGACAAUGCCUGCCGCUGGGCUUAUUCCUCUGUUUCCCAUCCUUAGACCUGAAAUUUGCUGAACUCAGGAAGACAGGCUCAGCAAUGUUCCCUACUGCAAGAACUGUGUGUUUUGAAAGGCACAUGUCCUGUCUAUUCUGGAAGGGUCACACCUGCUGGCACAGUCUGGGUGGGUGGCAGUGAAUCUCCCUCCAUCUCCCUCCAGUCAAACAAGCUGAUGAAAUUGGUGGAGAUGUGACACUACAGGCAAUAGUCUCCACAGUUAUCACAUCAAAGGCUAGAGAGGAGGUGUGCCUGGAAAUGAAUUACCUCUGUGGCCCUAAUGAGGCAGAGAGGAGCCCUUUGGGCAGCAGCGUGUGUUUUUACUACACUGAGGCACAUGAAUACCUUGCAAAGAGAUUUUCACAGCACAUUACUGGAAGAGAAGGAAGAAGCAUUAAUCCUGAAAUGCAGUCCAGACAAAUGAGGUUAAAUUACAUAUUCUCUGUCUGGCUUGUACUGUAAUGUGUGAAUGUAGCACUGCUGGAUACCAGCACUGGCUGGGGAGAGGUAUGUGGAAUUCAGCACAAGGUUGUAUUUGAUGUCUACCACACUCUUCCAAGGGAUCAGAUUUCUCUACCCAGAGGUUAUCAGUGCCCCUACCAACAUUCCUUGCCCUGUUAAGUGUGAGAGCUACUUCAAAUGAUGUGGUUCUCAUGCAAAAAUCUUCAUUAUUCCAAAGAAAACCUUAUCCUGUACUAAAGAAAGACUGUUCUACACAAGUCUGUGGCAGUGGGUGGAAACCAGCAAACCUCUCCUGCAGGGAGUCAACAAGGUGACUUUGGCAAGGAUCAGAUGGAUCUCAGCACCUGUUCUCUCUCACCACGAAGUUCCCUCAGGGGAUCAUUUGAUGUUAAGCUUUGUACAAAUUCUCCUUGUAUUGCCUUAACUAAGGAUUACUAAUAUAGAGAGACGGCGUUUAUUCUGCACAGUCUUAUGAAUUCUUUUUUGAGGCCUCCUGGAGAAAUUCAAGGCUGUUCUGUGGAUUCCACAGAGCACAAAACAUUGGCUCGAGCUGUAAAGUAGGCCCUACUUGUUGCUGGUGUUCUGUGGUGCAUGAGAAGUGUCAUCUCAGGAGCACAAGUUUUUACUCUAAACCUUUUUGAUCCUAGGCAGAUGAUGAAGGUUUUUGUACACUUCUUCUUGAGGUAGAGACACUGGAGCGUGAACAGCCACACUAAGCAGUGUGAAUCAAGUCUUCGAAGAAAGGAUUAGCUAUAUGACUACUGAACCCCUCUUCCUGUCAGGUGUAGAGCCCUCUCUGGUUGACAGUUUAUUGUCCCCUACCCUGGCAUGCAGAGGCGAUGUGAUAUUUCACUGCCAGUCACAAAGACACCAUCAAUUUACUAUCCAGGAGACUUCAGCUCAGUCCAGCCACUUCCAUGGUUGCAGUGAGGAUUAUCUCCGCACACCAACCAUUGAGGAUGAGAAUUAGGAAAAAUUGCCUGACCCAAGAUAAGAGAGAGCCAUUUGCUCUCAGAAUGAGGGCUGACUUCCCUAUAUUGGUUUAUCUGGGAAGAAUUCAUAUAUGCUGAUUACAGCUAAUAGAAAAAUUUCCCACAGGGUACUUUUCCCCCAGAAAAUGCUGAGUUGGGAGAAUCAAAGUGCUUCACGUGAAUGUCUUCAAUCUAUCAAAAAUGCUGGCAGAAAGCAGGUAGCAGCAUCCAGGAUUCUCAGCUACCCAGCCAGAGAAGCAGACCCAAAUGGGGAAUGGGAUGGAGCACAACAGUAGGAUGGAGAGGGCUGCUGGCCUCAGAAGCUGCUCGGCCUGGUGUCAUCCAGCUCCCAUCCUGGGAUGGAAAAUGUUUCUCUCUGGGAGGGGGCCACAAGAGGAUAAAACCUGAUAUGUUGCUGCUUCUCUCAGAUUUUUCACAAAAGCCUGUGCUGCUGGAGCUGUGGUUGAGCUGCUGCUCCAGACAUAAAUAACACUGUUGGGAGUUUCUGGGAGAGAAGUCCAAGACCCAGCUCCAGGAUGUUUUGCAUCACAAAAUUCUCCAUCCAAGUCCAGAUUAUGCAGUGAGCUCACCCUUACUAUAUUCAGUAGUGAUUUGGGCAAUGGAGUAGAAAGCAUACCCUUUAAGCAUGCAGAUGACAAGAUGACUGUCGGCAUGCUUGAAGACAGCAUUUGAUUCAAAGCAAUUUACAGAAAUUGGAGAAAUGGUCUGAAAACACAAGAUGCAAUUCAGUGAGGACAAGUGCAAAAUUUAUGAUUAUAGGAAUAUAACCAAAACUGCAAAAAACGGGUCUGCCUGCUUAGGCAGCAUUACUGCAGUAAAGAAUCAAAGGUCUUAGCAGAUCACAAGCUGGAUAUCAGACAAAUAUGCUGUGAAAAGGGCAAACAGCAGAAUGGGAUGUGGAAAUGAGAGUGCAGACUGCAGGCAUCAGACUCCUGAGGCACUCGCUUCUACCGCACCUCCUGCAAUGCCAGCAGGCAAAACCUCUUGGAAUCAGGACACAGGAUUUCAGGAGAGACAGGCAACUUGCUGCCUGCACCCAAGGCAAUCCUACAGAAAGGAUUCUGCACUUGGCUUGUUGCACUGACUGCCAUGAAAGCCAGUGGGUUAGAGGGCUAGAUGCCUUGCUGGUGCAAUUUAAUUUGGCUUCAAAGCUAGUGCAAGACAACAGUUUCUCUUGAGGAGCUGAAUCUUCUAUUAUAAGGUGUUGUGAUUUCUUCACCAUCUCCCUAAUACUGGUUUAGCCUUUUUCUGUUGCAGUGGUCGAUCAAACUCACUUUGACUGAUGAUUAUUUCUGCUAAAUGUUUUAUGACACUACAAUUCUAACUCAUCAUUACCUGAUCAGAAACAAACAGUGGUAAUGCAAACAACUGUUUUACUCGUUUAUAACUCUAAUGAUCAUGAAAAGAAAGGAAUUAAAAUAAGUGAGCUUGGGAGGAAAAUAAUACUUUUCAAAUUUGAAAUGUAUCCCACAGGACUGAGCUCCUUUCACUGCCCACACAGUGACAACACUUUGACACCAGCCCUGCUGAGAAAGGCUCAUUUCCAAAGUGGAUGGGAACAGGACCCAUAGAAUCAUAGAAUGGUCUAGGUUGAAAAGGACCACAAUGAUCAUCUGGUUUUAAUCCCCCUGGUAUGUGCAGGGUGACCAACCACCAGACCAGGCUGCCCACAGCCACAUCCAGCCUGGCCUUGAAUGCCUCCAGGGAUGGGGCAUCCACAGCCUCCUUGGGCAACCUGUUC